AUGCUGAACACCAUCGGUUCCACCUGCGCCUUCGCUGCGGCUCUCGCCGUUGUGGCCGCCCAACCUUCGUACGUCUACAAGUUCGAUGCGGCUACGGCCGGUGGCGUCGACGGCUCCAUCCAAGUCAAAUACGCCGGCGAAGACUCGUCCACUGCGACGAUCACCGCCAACCUCGACUUCUCCGGCGUCGACCAGGCCAAGAUCGCCGAGUUCGACGGCAACUGCACCGAGGCCGUCACGAGCUGGAAGUGGCACAUUCACACCAAGUGGAGCUCGACGCAGUCGUCGGACUCGUACAAACAGUGCUCCAAGGCAGCUACGGACAACCACUACGACCCGUUGAAGGCGUGUGGCUCGGCGUCCGAGUACGUCUCGGAGCCGGAGUGCAAGGCGAAGUCCAAGAGCUACGCAUGCAGCCCUGAAAAGUACACGACCGACCCCAAGGUGUGCGAGAAGGGUGAUCUGGCGGGCAAAUUCGGUGCGUUCAAGGUUGGUGACGGUAACACUGUGACUGAGGAGUGGACGGACGAGCACUACCCGCUUCCGUCGGAGAACACGGACACGUGGAGCAUUGUACUUCACGCUGUGUGCGGCAAGGAGGCGCCUCGCAUUUCUUGUGCGGUUGGAACCAAGGGUGACGGUGAAUCGUCGGAACAAGCUGACCAGUCCACGCCUACCCAGAACACCCCCGUCCAGUCCACUGGUGGCGGUGACUGCGGUGUGAAGAAGGACUAAUUGGCUCCGAGUGACCAACGCAGUACUCCGAAAUUCUGUCUUUA